GAGGAAGGGGAAAAAAAAAAAGCCAGAAAAAAGUUUCUUUCCUGGAGUCCCAACGAGGUGUGGGACGGAAGAGGAGGGGUCUGGGCCACCGUCCCAGUGCUCUGUGGGUUCCUGAUCGCUGUCUGGAGUCCCCGUUCCAGGCCAUGUCGGGGCCCACCUGGCUCCCCCCAAAGCAGCCGGAGCCCGCCAGAGUGCCUCAGGGGAGAGUGCUUUCCCGAGGCGCUCCCGGGCCUCCACCAGCCCAAGGAACAGCACUCCAGCCUCACCCCAGGGUCAAUUUUUGCUCCCUCCCAUCUGAGCAGUGUUACCAGCCCCCGGGGGGACCAGAGGAUCGGGGGCCGACCUGGGUGGGUUCUCAUGGAGCACCUCAGCGUUCCCAGCUCCAUUCCCAGGGGCUCCCCCCAGACAGGGGGGGCCUGCGCCCGGGAAGUCUGGAUGCUGAGAUAGAUUCGCUGACCAGCAUGCUGGCUGAGCUGGAUGGGGGUCGGGGCCAUGCUCCAAGGCGACCAGACCGACAGGCUUAUGAGCCCUCUCAGCCCCCUGCCUACCGCCCUGGCUCCCUGAAGCCCAAUGGAGGGGGUGUGCCGCCCCUGCCUCUCCCAGCAUCCCCCUAUGGGGGCCCCACUCCGGCCUCCUAUGCUACUGCCAGCACCCCAGCCGGCCCUGCCUUCCCCGUUCAAGUGAAGGUGGCACAACCUGUGAGAGGCUGCGGCCCGCCCAGGCGGGGGGCCUCUCAGGCCUCUGGGCCCCUCCCAGGCCCCCACUUUCCUCUCCCAGGCCGAGGUGAAGUCUGGGGGGCUGGCUAUAGGAGCUACCGCGAGCCAGGGCCAGGGGGUAAGGAGGAGGCUGCUGGGGUCUCUGGCUCUGCAGGAGGAGGACGAGGAGGCGGGCGUGGGCCCCAGGUCCCUCUGAGCCAGCCUCCAGAGGAGGAGUUGGAGAGACUGACCAAGAAGAUGGUGCACGACAUGAGCCACCCCCCGAGUGGGGAGUACUUUGGUCGAUGUGGCGGCUGUGGAGAAGAUGUGGUUGGGGAUGGGGCCGGGGUUGUGGCCCUUGACCGUGUCUUCCAUGUUGGCUGCUUCGUGUGUUCCACGUGCCGGGCCCAGCUCCGGGGUCAGCACUUCUACGCCGUGGAGAGGAGGGCAUACUGCGAGAGCUGCUAUGUGGCCACUCUGGAGAAAUGUUCCACAUGCUCCCAGCCCAUCCUGGACCGGAUCCUGCGGGCUAUGGGGAAGGCCUAUCACCCUGGCUGCUUCACCUGCGUGGUGUGCCACCGUGGCCUGGAUGGCAUCCCUUUCACAGUGGAUGCCACCAGCCAGAUCCACUGCAUUGAGGACUUCCACAGGAAGUUUGCCCCACGAUGCUCGGUGUGUGGUGGGGCCAUCAUGCCUGAGCCAGGUCAGGAGGAGACGGUGAGAAUCGUUGCUCUGGAUCGCAGUUUUCACGUUGGCUGUUACAAGUGCGAGGAGUGUGGGCUGCUGCUAUCCUCUGAGGGUGAAUGUCAGGGCUGUUACCCAUUGGACGGGCACAUCCUGUGCAAGGCCUGCAGUGCCUGGCGCAUCCAGGAGCUCUCAGCCACAGUCACCACUGACUGCUGAGUCUUCUAGAAGCACCUGCUACGAACUCAGUCCCCAUCCAUUGGCCUCCCUGACAUCUACCUUUACAACUCUGUCACCAAAUGCUGUGUCUCUUCUUUAUCCAAUCAUGAAAUAAUAAUGCCUUAA